AUGUCGGCUGCAAGCGCGACGGCCGCGUUCCCGUCGCUUGACGGCUCGCCGCAGCUUUUUCGAGCCCCGUUUCAGUCACUUUCGGUAAAAUCUGGGUCAGGAUCCCAACGGCAGUCCCACCUGAUCCUGCGCCAUUCCGUCCCAUGCGGACGCAUCACUCAUCCUGAUCGUCCCAAUGCUCCCGUGCAUUUAAACCCCCUGCCGCGGUUGGCUCUUUAUUCCCGGCCGCGCCGGGCGGUACGCACAGCAGCUGCGCCUACCCCAGUUGUUGCCGCGACUGCGGCGGCUCCGCGGGGCGGUAGCGACGGCGAAUACGACAGGAAUGACCAGUGGGACGACUCGCGCCCUCGUCGCUCUGAGGAUUACGAAGAUGACUAUAACGAGGAUUUCUUUGCCAGCGACGUGGCGUUGCCGCCUGGCGCGCGGUUCGGGAAGAGAGACCAACCGGAUGAGAGCUGGAUAAACGACUCUGAUUGGUCGAGGGGAUCCGCGGGGCCGGGCAAAGCGGGGCAGGGAGGGGAGAGGGAAGGAUCUCGCGGAAGGCGGCAGCAGGGGGACCGCGGGGGGGUGCAGGGGAGUCGGGGGGGAAGGAGCGGGAGAGACGGGGAAAGCGUGGGGGCGGGUAGGGGGAGGAUGAGGGGAAGCGCAGGCGGGGGGGAUGGCUGGGGGGAACUCGAGGAGGCGGAGGGAGCAGCGGAGAGGCGCAGGGUUUUAGAGGAACAGGGGAUUGCGCAGCAGCGGCGGGGUUUGGGGUUUAAGGGAGGGAGGGGAGGAUACGGCGGUGGCGAAACGGGGAGGUUCCGGGCGGGGGAAGCGAGAGAAAGGAGCGGCGCUGGGAGGGAAGAGACUAGUCUUGCUCCGGGUUCAGGGUUUAGGAGGGAGCGGGAGGGUUUACCUGAGGAGAGGAGGGAGGAGAGGAGUGAGAUGGGAGUGAGAAGGGAGGCGCGAGAGGAGGGGUGGAAGGCGCGAGAGCAGAGGGGUUAUGGGAGGGAAGGAAGGGGUGGGGGGUGGGUUGGGGAAUCCAGGCGUGUGGGUGGUGGGGACGAGGAGGGCAUGGAAAUAGGGGACAUGAUGAGCAGAGGUAGCAGCAGCAGCAGCAGCAGAGGCAGCAGGGGCCUGAAGCUGGCGCGGCCGCGGGGGGUGCCAUCCCCAGGGAAGCCGGGGGAGGGCGUGAGGCCAGGAGUGCCGGUGUGCUAUGGGUGCGGGGCGGAGCUGCAGACGCGUGUGGAGGACGCUCCUGGGUACAUCCCUCCUGACCGAUACGAGAUGAAAAAACGCCACAAGCAGCUGCGCUCUCUCGUGUGCACGCGCUGCCAGCAGCUGUCCCACGGCCGCAUGGUGGCAGCCGUCACGGGCCAUGGUGGUUACCGCGUAACCGGCCCGGCGGACAUGUUUGUGACAGCGGAGGCGCUGCGGCAGCAGCUGACGUACGUGCGCGGGGAGAAGGCGCUGGUGGUGAAGCUCGUUGACCUCGUUGACUUCAGCGGAAGCUUUCUCUCAAGGAUUCGCGAUAUAGUCGGGCCCAACCCUAUUGUUCUCGUCAUCACCAAGGUGGAUCUGGUGCCAGAGGGCACGCACAUGGACCCGGUGGCGGACUGGGUGCUGGCAGCCGUUGCGAAAAAGAAGCUCAAUGUGCUGGCGGUGCACUUUGUGAGCGCCAAGGCCCGCACAGGGCUGUCAUCGGUGGCUGCUACCAUUCAACGCGAACGCCAGGGACGAGACGUCUAUGUCCUGGGAGCGGCCAAUGUGGGCAAGUCCGCGUUCAUCUGCGCUCUUCUAGAUGAGAUGGCGAGUCGGGACAUCAUGGCAGCAGCAGCACGGCGUCGUCGCCCCGUGGCCUCGGCCAUGCCGGGAACCACUCUGGGCCCCAUCUGCCUCAAGGCCUUCUCUGGAGGCGGGGACCUGUACGACACGCCCGGGGUGCAUCUGCACCAUCGCAUGGCCGCCAUGCUGCAUCCGUGGGAUCUGCAUCACCUCGGCCCAAAGCGACGGCUGAGAUCGUUCGUUGUCACCGGGCCUCUGGACCAACACACAGGCGCAGGCAAGGGAAGGGAAAAAACAGAAGAGAAAGCGGAGAAAGCGGAGAAGGGGGAGAAAGGAGAGCAGAAAGAGAGUGUGGAGGGAGCAGCACUGAAAGGGCUUGCAGAGGAGGGCACCAAUGGGGAGCACAAGGGGCUUCAAGGCACCUCUCUCUUCUGGGGCGGCCUCGUUCGGAUCGAUGUGGUGAAGGCGCCAGCUGGUGCAGCUCUCACCUUUUUUGGCCCCGUGGCCAUCCGCGUAUCCUCCGUGCCCACCCCUGCUGCUGAUGCCUUCUAUGAGGCUGAGGUGGGUCGACUGCUCGUGCCGCCAUCCAAGCCAUUGGAGGAACCAGCUUGGGAGGGGCUGCCGUCGCAGCGGGCCUUCUCCUUCCGCCUGCCUGCCAAGCGCUCCAGCCCGGUAGCUGACAUUGCAAUCUCCGGCCUGGGUUGGGUCUCCUUGUCUGGCGUGAAGCCACGUCAGCGCACCAAUCCGGAUGCUGAUAUGUCAUCUAGUGACGCCACCACCAGUUCACAUGCUGCACACGUGGAGCCUACUGGCACUUGGGAUGAUCCCAAUGCUGCUAACGACGCUCACGGCGAUAUCGCUCGCUUCGAUGAUCCUGGUAACCAAACGCUGGGCAUGGAUUACAAUGACGAAGAUGGCCAUGGGAGCAGCGGUUUGUUCACGAAGCAAGAAAGCGAUGUGGAGGUGGUGGUGCAUGUGCCCAAGGGCAUUGAGGUGUUUGUAAGGCCUCCCAUGCCCGUUGGGUGGUUUGCCGACGACUGGUAUCAGUACGAGGAGCUCAGCAAGAAAGAGGAGAUGGCACGGCCUCGGGUGUUUCACGAUGAAGCUUAA